UUGAGAAUUUAAAACUUAUACGAGAAAUUAUGAACACUAAAUUUGAUUAUCCAAUUAUUCGAAUGUUUAUUCUUACGUGAAAUAAUGAGUGGAAAGAUAUUUGCAAUUGUGUGUUCCGUGCUUUUCCUCAUCAUUUCGUUAUCGAAAUCGCAGCAAAAUUCCACCAACAGAGACGAUAAUUUGACGAUACGAUACGAGAUAAAUGUGGAUUCUACAACAAAUUAUAACGACGAAAUAAUAACACUGCGACAUAAUUUGGAUAAAAAUUUGAUGAAUAAUACACAAAAUUACAAAAUGCAGCAUGAAUUUCUUAUGAAUAACAAUCGCGAAGAUAAUGAUUUGAUUCAACAUAAACGUUACAAGCAUUCAGUGCAGAAUAAAGAUGAUGAGCAAAAAUCGAUGAAAUCUGACACGAAUUCGACAAAUGUCAAUCAUGAAAGAAAUUUCACGCCGCAGAAAGUUUAUGAAAAUGUAAUUGAAAAGAAUGAUUCCAUGUCACUUGAAGUCUUCAAAAAUUCCAGCAAAGAUGCUAACGAAACUAAUAUCGUCCCAAACGAAAUGUGUCAUAAUGAUACUUGCAUCCGGUUCUGCUGUUUUUUUGGCGAGCGUAUUGUUGAUGACAACUGCAGUCCUGAAGAAUUUGAAUACAUUUUUCCAAAGAUAUACACGAACGAUUCAACGCAAAGCGAAAAGAGAGUGAACGAAUUGUUUGACCUGUCCAUUUAUGAUACGUGCCAGGAAGAUUACUAUCUGCUUCCUGAAGGUUUUCAAUACGAUUAUAAGAUUUUUACCAACGGUUCUAUAUAUUUACCUUAUUAUGAAAUAUUUGUUGAAUCGUCAUCAUAUUGUCUCGCCGUCGUCAACGGGAGUGAAUUCCAAGUGACCUACUGUUCCGAAACUUAUGACAAGAUCGAGGAGAUAACUGAUAAUGAUGAGCCCUUGAAUUCUGACAAAGAUAUUUUGAGAAUAAGUGCCGAUAUAGUAUCUAUAUUACUUUUGGGAUUAGUAUUUCUAGUGUAUUCCAUAUUGCCAGAACUCCGAAAUCUACAUCUUCAUGUUGCGCAAUUACAGCGGUGCUACGUGCCUUGCGUACGGAAUUGACGUUGUAAUGAUCAAAUCAAAUGGUGUACAGUAUCACGUCUUCGUUACAUUAGCUUUUCUAAGAUACCUUUGUUAUAUGGCGGCUUCCUUUUGGCUAAAUAUAAUAAGCUUUGAUA